CAAAUUGAGAAUCAUUCGUGAAUGUCAUGUAUUCAUUUUUUUAAGCAACAUAGAUUUAAACUUUAAACACUCGUCUAUUUUUUUUCAGGAAGAGAAUUAGCAUCUUUAUAAGAUGUCUCUAAUUACUACUUUAGAUGUGUGUUUAAAGAAUGCUUUUAAGAAAAAUUCUUUAACUAAGGCUCUCUUUUCAACUUGUGUUUGUCGCUUUCAAAAUGUUGACUCUUUUGAGGCCACACAUUCUGAAGAAGGAAAAAAUGUCACAGAAAAUUUAUCAGCACCUGUAGACACUCCUAUUAUGACAAAAAGAACUUUGCAGUUCCCAGUAACACACACAUUUCCACGACUAGCUUGGCUGGAAUCUAUGAAAAAUCUUGAGGGAGAAAAGCUUGGCAUGCUAGAUCUUCAUCCAGAUGUGUUUGCAACUUAUCCCAGGCUGGACAUUCUUCAUAAAAAUAUUCACUGGCAAAAGUUCUACCGACAUAUUGACUAUAGCUUUGAACCCAGUCGUGCUGAAAUGAAAGGUGGUGGUAGAAAACCUUGGCCACAAAAAGGUCUCGGCAAAGCUCGGCAUGGAAGUUGUAGAUCGCCUCUGUGGAUCCAGGGUGCAAAAGCUCAUGGUCCAAGAGGUCCCACAAACUAUUUCUACAUGCUGCCUCGUGCUGUCAGGGGCAUGGGUUUGAGAGUGGCUCUUUCAUGUAAAUAUGCUCAAAAUGAUCUUGUGAUUGUGGAUAACCUUGAUUUACCAACAUCAGAUCCCCAGUUUCUCUCUGAACUAGCUGAUGUCAGGUUCUGGGGAUACUCCGUGCUUUUUGUUGAUGAUACUGAUAUCAUGCCACGGAAUAUUACAGCAGCUGUGAAUAAGCUCCGUGGAUUUAGUUUGAUGCCAGCUUAUGGUCUGAAUGUGUUCUCAAUGCUAAAACAUGAGACACUUGUCAUAACAUUAGCUGCCUUAGAGAGAAUUGAGGGCAAGCUGCUGGAGGAAAUGCACUCUACAUUGAUGGAAACUAAAUUUGUCAACCAACUAAGACCUGAAGAUUUCCGUUCAGGUCCCAAAGAAGAUACAAUCAUGUACAAAAAAUUUACAAAGCCAAUCCAGACCUUAUAAUGUACUCCCUUUUAUGUGUGUCAUUUUCAUUUUACAUAGUAGAUUGUAAUAUUUCUCUACCAUGGUUUUUUCUGAGGAAUAAUAAAAGAUGAAAUAAAAUGAUGUUUUUU